AUGGAUCCAGCAGGAGGUGGCUUGCCCACCGAGGAUAUCAAUAACCAAAGCGCCGGUCUUGGCUCUCAGGGCCUUGCGUCAAGCGCGAACCCUCAUGCCUCUGUCGACGACUACAACCGUGUGAUGUUGCAGUAUACUCAGAGGCAGCUGGCCGCUUUUACAACCAACAGCCCCUCUGCCCGCCGGAGUAGUGCUACCAGCGGUAGUAGCGGCCCGAGCAAUUCAUCGUCCGUCACCAAUAUUGCUCGUACAGGUAGUGGUAUUGCACCACGAGCAAGUGGUUCAAGCAGCUAUUCUUCAGCGCGUUCUUAG